CGGCACCUCCGGACUCGCCGCCCACGCAGCCGGUGAGCGGCGCGCCGCCCGCCCCCUGGACGGACGCCCACCGACCCGAGCGCCGCCGUCGGCGCCUGCCCGAGAUACCCAAGAACAAGAAACCUGCCGUGAUGGCGAUGGUGCAGCCGUCGCUGGCGGACGAGCUGGGGGAGGCCAUGGAAAGGCGGGACUCUGCGGCGCCGGAGUCGCUGCAGUUCGCCAUCGGCGGGCGCACGCGGCCUCUCAUGGUACUCAAGUGCCACAGCUACCUGCGGGAUGAAGAUAGUUCACCUGAUUCUGAACGUUUCCACAGCACUGACGUUGAUUCAGGCAAUUCAACAGCACAUUCCCCAGAUGGACCGAAGUCUACAUCACCACAACCUAUGCUCAAUGACAGUCUCUCACCAGAAUCAACAGGCAGUAGUGGAGGAGUUCCCUUCACACAAGUGGAGCUUCUAGAAGCAACACACAGAGGACUGCAUAAAUUUAUACCUCGACACCAUGAUGAGAUAGAGGUGGAAAUUGGUGAUCCCAUAUAUGUACAGAAAGAGGCUGAUGAUCUGUGGUGUGAAGGUGUAAAUCUGAGAUCUGGAAGGCAAGGUAUUUUCCCUUCAGCGUAUGCAGUUGAUGUGGAUUAUAGUGAUUUUGAUCCCAGCACGCCAAAAGUUAAACGAGAACGUUAUUUGCUGGGUUACCUCGGUUCAGUUGAAACAAAGUGCCACAAAGGCAAUUCAGUGUUGUGCCAGGCAGUGAAAAAGAUAGUGGGCAGCGGGAACACACCAAAGCACAAGCCACAUUCCUGUAUCCUAGAAGUUUCUGACCAAGGACUUCGUAUGGUGGAUCGCAGCAAACCUGCACCUAUGGAUUCACCAUGUCAUGACUAUUUCUAUUCUCUGAAGAAUGUCUCAUUCUGCGCUUUUCAUCCACGAGACCAUCGGUACAUGGGAUUUAUUACAAAACAUCCGCAGCUCCAGCGGUUUGCUUGUCAUGUCUUCAUGGGUCAAGAGUCAACAAGACCUGUUGCUGAAGCUGUUGGGUAA